ACACUUACGGGUGCAGCCUGCGGCUCUCUGGGCGCUUAUGAAGAUCUGGAGCGCUUGGUGUGGAUUAAAACAGUCAGAGGCUUUGGGAAGGCUUGCGAGCAAGAGGAGAGAGGUCCCGGGCUUGGAGCCAACUUCUCCUUCUACAUCUGUGGAUGACCAAUUCCAAGAUGUCCCUGUGGAGUAUGGUUUGUGACCUGCCUCCAGAGCAGUUCAAUGGCUACUGCGAAGAGUUUCCUCACAGCCUGCGUUACUUCCUUGGAGACUGGCUCGAGAAUCACCCGUGGGAAUUCAUCACCGGAUCAGAUUCUUUUUCUGCCUUCAUGGCUAACAGCCUGCUUUCUGCCAUGGUGGAGAGACUGCAGGAGUCACUGAACAACAACUGCCAACCGGGCUGUCUUCUUCAGUUCAUUGCUAACUUAAAGAAUACUUUCCAGAGAGAUCCACUUCAGUUGGUCAAGAUUGUGAAACAGAUUCUGGAAGGGGAGAAGUUAACUGUUCAGAAUAAGUCGCAGCACAUGCCCUUCAGCUACUACUUCCAACAGGAGGAAAUGAAGUUUGGAUUUUAUUUGAAGAGUCUGCAAUACAAGUUGCAAGAAAUCCAGACGCUCCACGGGAACCUGAAGGACGGCUCAGGAGGUUCUCUGCAGAUAAACACACUGGAUCCACAGUUCUCGUCACAAGCGAAUUCUCUCCAAACCCUUCACGCGCUGUUCCAAGAAGUAGCCAAAGAGCUGGAAGCCACAAAGACCCAGCUGCUGAAGAAGCUUGACUUAUGGAAGGGGCAGCAACGGCUGGCCGGGAACGGAACUCCCUUCGACGAGGACUUGGCUCCACUGCAGAAGAGGUUUGAAAGCCUGUUGGAUAUUUGUUUCCAGUUCCGCCUCCAAGUGGUUGCCUCUGCAGCCGAGCUAGGCCCUGAACUUCAGUCUUGCCUUCAGGAAUGUCUGGAGAACAUCUUCAAUGCCCUUGUCAAAAGUGCCUUCCUGGUGGAAAAACAACCGCCUCAAGUUCUGAAGACCCAAACCAAAUUUCAAGCCAACGUCCGUUUCCUGCUGGGCCCUCAGCUAUUCAAACCUCCGCAGACUUCUUACUCGGUCGUGGCCAACAUUGUGACGGAGAAACAGGCACGGGAGCUGGCUGCUGGGCAUCCUGACGCCAGCCUCAGUGAAAACACCGGAGAAAUUGUGAACAACUUGGCGCCUCUCGAGACCACUGCUUCAAGCAGUGCUUGCUGUGCGACCUUCAAGAAUAUGCUUCUAAAGAAGAUCAAGCGCAGUGACCGCAAGAGCACAGAGUCUGUGACCGAGGAAAAAUGUGCUGUCCUCUUCAGUGCCAAAAUUAACCUUGGCUCCAACAAAACCACCUUCCUGCUGCAGGCUCUUUCUCUGCCAAUUGUGGUUAUUGUUCAUGGCAACCAAGACAACAAUGCCAAAGCCACCAUUUUGUGGGACAAUGCUUUUGCUAAAACUAAUCGAAUCCCUUUUGUGGUCCCGGAUCGUGUUUCCUGGGGAGACAUGUGUAAGACUCUUAACCAGAAGUUCAUGGCUGAGGUGCAGACCACAAAAGGCCUCCUCAGGGAGCAUUACUUCUUCUUGGCCCAGAAGAUCUUCAACGACAACAACGCCAAUAUAGAUGACUUCUGGAACCGCCAUGUUUCUUGGGCUCAGUUCAACAAGGAAAUCCUUCCUGGGAGAGGGUUUACCUUCUGGCAGUGGUUUGAAGGCGUCCUUGACCUCACCAAGAAAUAUCUGAAGGACUACUGGUCUGAUCGGCUCAUCAUGGGUUUCAUCAGCAAGCAGUCUCUUUCCAACUGCCUGAGCAAUGCUCCAGUAGGUACUUUCCUGCUCCGUUUCAGCGACUCCGUGAUAGGUGGCAUCAGCAUUGCGUGGCUUACCUGCUCGCAGAACGGUUUCUGUGAAGUAGAGAACAUCCACCCAUUCACAGCGUCGGAUCUGUCCAUUCGUUCCCUUGCCGACUGCGUUCUGGACCUGCCGCAGCUUAAGAUGCUGUAUCCGAACAGGCCUAAAGAGCAGGCAUUCAGGAACUAUUCGAACACAGAGCUACCGAGAAAGAACAAUAAAGAGUAUGUCCCAAUCCAGAUGAGGAUAACUGUGGGCACACCUUCAGACCCGGCUCCACUGCAACAAAAUGUAUUUGGCUCCAUGUCUAAUGUUAAUGGGAGUCCUGCAAUCCAUCAGGAACCUACUUUCCCCAAACAUUCAGACCUGGCUCCACCUCAACAGAACGUAUUUGGCUCCAUGCCCAAUCUUAAUGGGAGUCCCGGAAUCCCUGAUUCUAGAACUUCAGACCUGGCUCCACUGCAACAGAACUUAUUCGGCUCUAUGACCAAUCUUAAUGGGAAUCCUGGAGUCCCUUCAGAGCCUCCUUUCUCUAACUCGCCGAUGAUUCCUUUGCAGGCGGUGAACCACCCAAGCAUGUCCUCCAUGAACACAAGAUACGAAAGCCCGAUGUCGCUAGCUUCGUCUCUUGCUCUCCAAGGUGGAUGGAUUCCUCAAGGAAACACUUCACCCCUUCAGCUAAUGGAUUCACACCUCUUACAUCAGGAGUCAGCAAUGGAUUUCAGUCUCCCUGACUUAAACUAUCCAGGAGACAUGGACUGUUCCCUACCGUCAGAGCCAAUGCCACUUGAGAACUUGCUUCCACCCUCCAAGUAUGAGAUGGACCACCUGCUACACCCGGAGCAGAAUCCGCUUCGCUAUUCUUACAGUCCUGGACCCAGCCUGACCAACCUCUGCUCAUAAUCUUUGCGUCUAUAUUUUGGAAGGGCUUUGAUGGACCCUUUGGACGGUUUGACCGACAGGUGCUUUGGGCAACGUUACCUAGCCGGGGAAGGAAGAGUGCACUUCGUAUCAGAACAGCAGCCUCCUUGCUGGGGAGAACACAGGCUUGCAGUUGCUUAUUGUCUCCUUUGCUGCUUGGCACUGUCCUUUGGGAAGAUGGUGGCCUCGGAUGCUUUGUGCUUUGGCGGGGCCACGUUCGAGAAGCGAACUGUCGGGAGGGUGCAGGGCGUACUCUCGCUUUUCUGCUGUCAAGCACUGGAGGGAUUUUUAUCCUUCACCUCCAGUCUGGAUUAGAAGGAACAGGGAUUUUUCUCAGCAUCUGCAAACUUGGGACUCUCCGCCUGCCCCAGGAUACGUUUGGCUGGACUUCUGGUCCUUUCAUAUAUCCACUUGGGCAGCAAAGGACACGGAUGUACUUCAACAGGCUGAUGCGGAGAUUGUCAGUCCCUGCAGCAGGAGAAGAAACAUCUCCAUACUCCUGCCCAGAAGUAAGGUUCUGUGAGACCCGUAUGCCUUUUCCUUGCACUCCUUUGUCUGCGGGACCCAGCUUCUCCACCAAAUGCAUAUUAUGGAACCAGCUGCUUCCCAAGCAAUACUUUUGUGGGUUUUCGGAUGUGAGUCCAAAGUGGGAUGUUUCAGUUCCAUCCAACUCCAGUCUCCUCCUCCCUGGGACCUUGAAGACUUCAGUUCUACCCCAGGGACAUUGGCUGACCCCAUCCCUGCUCCUCCCUUGACCUAUAACCUCUGUGUUAUCCAGACUUCUGUAGAUACCCACGAAUCCUAUCUCAGAGCCUGUACAAGGGUACAAGCAGAUGUAAAAAAAGAAGGCUAAGCCAUAAAAUAAGACUUUAUUUCAAAAUAACAAAAUAAAUAAUCUACUGUACACAAUACAAAGGAAAGGGUGCUAAUUUUCUCUAUAAAGACACCGGGCCCUAUGGG